AUGGGUAUAUUUGCCUCUGCAUCGGCAGAUGCGCGGGGCCGGCCUGCUCAAUUUGGCAGAUGCAGCCGGCGUGAACUAGCCGAGAGGAUCAGGGGCAGUUACGAAGGUUGGUCAAGCACGAAGCUGCCGAUCGCUUACGCAGACGCCUACAACAUAGGAUUCCUUGGGCUGGAACGAUUUCAUCCUUUUGACAGCAGGAAGUUCGGAAAAGUCGUCAACAAUUUGGAUGCGUCAGGCAUCCUAAAUCCUGAUCAGCUAGUGCAGCCACCAGAAGCCACGCAGCAGGUGCUCAGGGAUGUCCACUCAGAAGAGUAUCUGCUGUCCAUCAACACUUCCAGCUCUAAAAUGGCCGAGAUCACAGAGAUUGCUGCAAUAGGUUUCCUGCCCAACAGUGUAGUGCAGCACAGAUUGAAUCGACCAAUGAGGAUUCACGUGGGGGGCACAAUGCUGGCAGUUGGUAUGGCAAUGGAGUGGGGUUGGGCAAUCAAUCUGGGUGGAGGCAUGCAUCAUGCAUCUGUUGACAAUGGUGGCGGCUGGUGCGUGUAUGAUGACUGGACACUAGCACUGAGGAAGCUGCGGCGAGAAACGGGAAAUGUAGUCCAAAAGGCCAUGCUGAUUGACUUGGAUGUACAUCAGGGCAACGGGCAUGCUCGGACAAAGCUUCAUUUUGGGGACAAGGACCUGUACAUUUUGGACCUGUAUAACGCGGAUCUGUGGCCCUGGGACACUACUGCAAAAGCAGCCAUCAAUUGUGAGCUGCCGAUGAAGUCUGGGACUGGGGAUGAGGAAUACCUGUCCAUGCUCAGCAAGGGGCUCCACACAGCAUUUCAGGAGUUCGCACCAGACAUCAUCUUGUACAAUGCGGGCACAGAUAUUCUGAGGGGGGACCCCCUUGGCAGGUGUAGCGUUAGCGCUGAAGCGGUAGCCAAACGGGACGAAAUGGUCUUUCAGGCAGCAUAUGAUGCAGGUGUUCCUAUCUGUAUGGCUCUUUCCGGAGGCUAUGCAAAGGACAGCGCUGGUGUCAUCAGCGAGUGCAUCAAGCACAUCAUCCAGAAAUUUGGUCUCAUUGAACCUAGUAGAAAAAUUAGGCAUCCGACAGGCGCACUUCUUUAA